AUGUACAGCGUUCAUUGGGGUGAACAUGUGGUCAAUGGCGACACUUUCCAGCUGCAGACAUUCAACAACAAGUACGCGCGCGAUCUGCCCAUGACUCAUGCUUCCAUUGCAAUACAACAUCUUGGACACGUUGGAUUAUGGUACCUGUGGCAGCAACAGGAUACGGAUCUCAAAGCAAGAAUGCUGUAUGGUUGGCUCAAUGGUAUGCGUGGUAUUGGAUCUACAAAGCAAAACAUGUUAAUUAACAAGACUUACAGUGAAACAACAGCAAGAUAA